AGAGCGCAUUAACCAAACGCCCCACCACCCCCCUCUCUCUCUCUCCCUUCCUCUCUCCCCCUCUCUCUCAUAUAUACACACGCUUACGCUUAUGUUAAUUUAUAUGUAUAUGUGUUUGGGUUUUGCUUGAAAGAAGUAAGUUUCUUCUUCAUAUGUUAAUUCAUUUGCUCAGGGAGCUUGCACUUCGCAUUACUGGAAACACUUCUGUAUUUGAGGCAUGGGAGAAAGUAUGUGGACUGAAGAAGAUAAGGACAUGGCUGUGGCAGUUUUAGGGAAUUGUGCUUUUGAUUACUUGAUAUCGAGCUCGGUGUCCACUGACUGCUCGUUUAUGGCAGUUGGGAAUGAUGAGAAUUUGCAGAAUAAGCUGUCAGAUCUUGUGGAAUGUCCGGAUUUGUCUAGUUUUUGUUGGAACUAUGCGAUUUUUUGGCAAGUUUUGCGGGAUAAGUCAGGCGAGGUAGUGCUUGGAUGGGGGGAUGGUUCUUGUAGGGAGUUGAGGGAAGGUGAGGAAUCUGAAGUGGAUGGGAUUUUGAAUCUCCGGUGUGAAGAUGAAUCUCUACAGAGGAUGAGGAAGAGGGUGCAUCAGAAAUUGCAUUCGCUGUUCGGUGGAUCAGACGAUGAGUGCCAUUCUAUUGGUCUGGAUAGAGUUACUGAUAUUGAAAUGUUCUUUCUUGCUUCAAUGUAUUUUUCAUUCCCUCAUGGAGAAGGUGCUCCAGGAAAGUGUUUCCGAUCGAGGAAGCAUGUGUGGAUUUCGGAUGCUUUAAAAUCGCCGAGUGAUUAUUGUUUUAGGUCAUUUCUGGCAAAAAAUGCUGGUAUCCAGACUUUGGUUCUGAUCCCAACUGAUGUUGGGGUGGUUGAAUUGGGAUCUGUGCGAACUAUCCCUGAAAAUAUAGAGCUUGUGCAGUCAAUUAUAUCGGCGUUUUCAUCGUCUCCAUCAGUUUGUAAGUCCAAUAUACCCACAGUUGCGCCGCUGAUGAGGGAGAAGGGAGAUGGAAAGACACAAUUCUUGGAUGGGGGAGUUGUGGAGAGACCAAGGAUCACAAAGAUUUUCGGGCAGGAUAUCAAUUCUAAUCGGUCUGAGCUCAGGCCAAAACUUGCUGUUAGGAAACCAGAUGAGAGGCCAUGGGAUGUAUAUGCAAAUGGGAUGAAGCCUCAGUUUAUGACAACUAGAAACGAUAAUCAUGGUUUGCAUGGUACACAAUUCACCAAUGGGAAGCAGGGGAAUACUGUAGAGAUCUAUAGCCACCCUCAGACUCCAACAAGCAAUAUUUUUAAAAGGGGUGCUCAUGAGGAGUUUGGAUUCAAGAAAUUUAAAACUCAAAUCCCAGCUCAGGUGAAUAUAGAUUUUUCGGGGGACAAGACCAGGCCUUCUCAGCCAGUAAUUAUUGAAUCUGAGUAUUCAGAUGUUGAUGCUGCCUACAAAGAAGAGCAAGCUGCCUUAGCUGAUGACAAAAGACCUCGGAAGCGGGGAAGAAAGCCUGCGAAUGGAAGAGAAGAGCCACUCAAUCAUGUGGAGGCAGAGAGGAAGAGGCGAGAAAAACUGAACCAACGCUUUUAUGCAUUGCGAGCUGUUGUGCCAAACAUCUCCAAGAUGGAUAAAGCUUCUCUUUUGGGAGAUGCGAUUGCUUAUAUUACAGAAUUGCAAAAGAAAGUAAAGGACUUGGAAUCGAUUGGUAGCACUUCAAGGGAUGCAUCAUCCUCAGAUGCUAACCCAAAUGGCAUACCAACUCCUGAAUUUCACAACCAAGUUUCUAACAUUGAAAUUCAAGCAGCGGACGACAUAGUUAAUGUAAGGGUGACAUGCCCUUUAGAGUCUCAUCCCGCAUCCCGAGUUAUAGAAGCAUUCAGGGAGGCAAAGGUCAGCGUUGUGGAGUCUAAACUCGCAGCAGCUAAAGACACAGUGUUUCACACAUUUGUAUUAAAGACUGAAGGAACGGAACAACUAACAAAGGAAAAAUUGCUGGCAGCAUUUUCUCGCGAAGCAAACUCCUUGUAGCGGUCAUCAUCAGUUGGGUAACAAGUUAAUUUUACUAGUUUAUAGGCAUUAUAUGUAGUAAAGAAGCUUAUAGAAUUUCUUUUUGUUCUGAGAUUUUGAUAUACAAUAGUGGUCCUGGAAGACUAAGCUCUGAUGCAUGUUUAAAGUAUGCAUGUCACAUGUGUCAUAAAGAUCUGUUUUCUUUUUAUUAUUGUAUAUUAAGAUAAUAUUUGUUAGCUUAA